CGCACAAAGCACAACAGAAGAAGAAGAAGAAGUAGCAGGAGAAGAAGAGACAGAAGAAGUGACAGAAGAGGAAGCUAAAUAUCAAUUCUAAGCCCAAUUCAAUUCCCAAUUACCGUGAGAGAGUGAAGCAUGGAGCGCUGGCAGAAUCGUGUUGCUGUGGUGACUGGCGCCAGUUCGGGCAUCGGCGCUGCCUUGGCCAAGGAGCUGGUGCGUGCCGGAGUCAUUGUGGUUGGGCUGGCGCGUCGCGUGGAGCGCGUCGAGGCACUGAAGGAGGAGCUGCCCGACGAGCUGCAGUCGCACCUGCAUGCGCUCAAGUGCGAUGUGGGCGUGGAGGCGUCCGUUGCGGAGGCCUUCGAUUGGAUCGAGGCGGAGCUGGGCGGCGUUGAUAUACUGGUGAACAACGCGGGGCUGCUCUACUCCGGCCAGCUGCUGACCAUGCCGGUGGAGCAGCUGCAGCAUGUGCUGCAGGUGAACUUGAUGGGCGUGGUCUACUGCACCCAGCGCGCCUUUCGCUCCAUGCAGCAGCGCGACGUGGCCGGCCAUGUGGUGCUCAUCAACAGCCUCACCGGCCACCACAUCAUCCAUCCGCCCAGCGAGUCGCUGCAGACCCUCAACAUGUAUCCGGUGACCAAGCACGGCAUCACGGCACUUCUGGAGAUUAUGCGCCAGGAGAUGAGCGGCCUCAAGACGCAGAUCAAAGUAACGAGCAUCAGCCCGGGCGUGACACGCACCGAGAUCCUGCCUGGCGACUACAAUAUUCUGCCCAUGCUGCAGCCGGAGGACAUUGCGGCCGGCAUUAUGUACGCCCUGGCCACGCCGCCCCACGUCCAGGUGCAUCAGCUGACCAUCAAGCCGAUCGGUGAGCCCUUCUAAGCCCCUCAGCUGCUCCAUAAUAAAAAUACACGAC